UUACAAGCUUUUGCAUACAUGCUCCUCACAGAAGGCGUGGGUGACUGCUGGAAGGCGAAGAGAGAGUGGAAAAGGAGGACACAUGCAGCUGGAGUGAACGGCGCAAGAAUGCCCCGUGGCGUGUUGUGUGCACGCACGGACACACUUCAGGAGUGAGACGUUUGUCCAAAGGUGUGGUCCUCGUCAGACUGCAGAUAUGGGACUCGGCUUACCCCGGAGGUGGAUUUUCCCAUGCUGGAUGGCGUGCGCCCUUGUCACCUUUUACGCACAGAACGCCGACUCCAAGUCGUUUCCAUGUGGGGACCAGCAAUAUCUAAAAGGCUCAAAAUGCUGCAACAAGUGUAAACCAGGUUUCCGCGUGUUUGCGGACUGCAAUGAAUCUCAUCAGACAAAAUGUGUUAAAUGUGGUUAUGGCGAGUACCAACCCUUCUGGACCCAGGAAACACGCUGCCUCCUGCAGAGGAUUUGUGAUGCAGGUAAAGGUUUCAUGUCCAGGCCAGAAAAUCUGGAGGCUGAGGAGCCUUGUCGUUGUCUUCCCAACUACCAGUGCUCUCCCAUCAACUGUGAGUUUUGUGAAAAGAUUCCCACGUGCCGACCCGGUUAUGGACUGGAGGUGGAGCCAGAGUCCUUAAACGGCUUAAAGAUGUGUGUUGCGUGUAAAAAGGGAUUCUUCUCUGCUGACAACAACACCAAACAAUGCAAACCAUGGACAAACUGUAAGGCGGAAGGCAGGAGUGAGACACGAGCAGGCAGCGCUCACUCUGAUGCGGUGUGUGGACCACCUGUUUCUAGUGCCGCCCCUUCCUGGGUGAUAGUGUCAGUGCUGUCCGUCAUAACCGUCCUUUGUCUCCUCAUCCUCAUCCUCUUCUGCUACAAGGACAAACUCAAGUUACUCUCUGUUAAUCUGCGAUCAUGCGUUCAGAAUCUGAAAAGGACGAGGAUACAGCAGGAGACAUUGGCCCCUAUUUAUCAGAGUGGGGCAGCAGGAGGUCUCAAAUAUGUCCCGUGUCAGACCACCAAACUGUUGGGCCAAGCCCCCCACACGCUUGAUGGCGAUCAGCCCCCUUCCACUCCCUGUACCACCGUCUCACUCCCUCACACACAUCAAAUGACCAAAAAAGAAGGCCUGCAAAGGGAAACGACGAUGGAGGAACUGAGUGAAGGGUCUGGGGGUCCAGAGGAGGUGUCUGAAGAAGAGGAACUCACAAGUGUGUCUCCUCUAUUGGCUGCUUCUUGUGUGUGCAGCGUCCCGAUCCAGGAGCCUCUGGAAGUAGGAGAGAAUGAAGAUUGCAGCCAAGCUGUCAGUCCUGGGACCCCCGGUGUUUGCUCCUGUGGGGGUCUACACACAGAAGGGGAAGGGGAAAAGGAGAGUGAACCGAGUGUUGCGUCUCUUGUCUCCUUUUCACCGCCUCUCCACCGCUCUUCCUCAGUGACUCCUCCGUCCAGCUCGCUUCCUGAGCUCUGCCUGCCUCUAGGCAAGGCUGUUAGGAGGCCAGAGGUCAAGGGUCACUUUAAAGACAUGUCCCCUGUGAAGCAGAAGGGAUAUUACAGACUGGCAAGCACGGACUCCACAGAGAACAGCAAGCCUUCCUCGGUUAGCCUCUUAAAGACCUCCUCCUCUAUUGGAGACCUCUACUCCGAGCAGGGGACCUCCUGGGGGGACAGCAGAGGAAACACGCUCCUGUCUGGGGAAAUAGAGCUGGAGUGUGCCCCUCCUGGAAGCCUACAGAGUCAGCUGGCUGAACCAACUCUUACCUCAGGUCAGGUGUCGGGCAACAACAACACCACCUUCAUCUCCAGCGGCCAGGUGGUGAACUUCAGUGGCGACGUCAUCGUUGUCUACGUCGGCCAGACGUCCUUAGGCGGCGACGACGCCGCGUUGGACGACGGCUUCGGGCGUCCCGUGCAAGAACAGGCCAGUGAGACCGCUCCCUUUUUCCAGAGUGGUAGUUGCCUGAGGUCAGAGGGGGACAAUGUUACCCAGAAGCCCUUGCAGGACGACACGCUGCAGGCCCAAAAAGCCACUGAAUAGUCGAGAAGCACUCAGCCCAGUGCAUGACGGGUAACCUUCAUCGGCAUCAUAUUUUUAUUAUUGAAUGGAAACUCCAAAGGGGUAGUGAUACUAUUAAAACGGAUUAAUUGACACUUUUGCUGAGUCCCCUACAAAACCUAAUUGUUAUAAAAUCAUCAAAGUACAUAUUUGUAUUCCAGCUACAGUUAAAAGUUGUCUAAAAAGAAAUGUGGUGUUUCUCAGAGUAACUUACUUACUUGGAGAGUAUAUUAUAUAUAGUAAUACAGUAUAUAUAAAUACAAUAAAGAGACACAUCCAUUUUUGGUACGACGCUUGUAUGAAGACUUGUUUAUAUUGCACCAAAUGUGCAGUUACUCUUGGGAAAAAAAUGCUGUGCAUUUGAUAAGCUAUUUUUUGUAUUGAAUAUAGAAAUAUAUAUAUUUCAGUAUGUUUCCACAUGCAAGCUUUAAUGAAGAUGAGAAGUUGUUUAUAUUAUAUUGAUUAGUUUGAAACAAAAACAAAAUGUAUAUGCAGUACCUUGUUGACCCGAUUAUAAGACGGCCAUGAAUAUAAGACAACUGCUUUUCAGGACUUAAUGAAACGGCAUAACUUUUCUUGCCUUCCAACUGUUGAGAAAGCCAGGCCAUUUGUAUGUGUGAGUGACAGGAAGAAAUGCUCAGACGUACUUAGGGAGAGGUUAACACCACUUUGCAUUUAUAAAUCUUUACACCCUGGAUAUAUAUACAGACGUGGUCAAAAGUUUACA